AGUUUGUGUCAAGGGAGACAACUCGGUCACUGUACCUCCUUCACCACCUCCUGGAGCGUAUGGAAGCAGUGAUGAAGUGCGUCCAGAUGAACUGGAUGCCCAUUCUUGUGGGGCCUCAGUCCUGUGGUAAGACCAGCUUGGUCCAGCUACUGUCCAGUUUGACCGGCCAUCACCUACAUGUUCUAGCAAUGAACUGUUCCAUGGACACCACAGAACUACUGGGCAGAUUUGAAGUGGCAGAUAUCCAGAACCAUGUAGAGAAACUCGUCUACACAACCGAAUCUGUUGUCUUGGAUACCACCAUCCUGCUUCUCCAAGGUCAACAUGUCAGUAUGGCAGGGAGGCUGCAACAAUCCUGGAACAGCUUCAGGCAGUGUGAAGAUGGGGGUCGGUACAGUUAUGGUGGAAAUCCUAUUGAGUUUGGAAUGAAACUGUCGAGUGUAGAAGAGCUAGAGUCUGUCAAGGUCAAGGUCACAUGUCUGACAGAGGUCAUAAGUGACAUUAAGCAGUCUCUCCAGACUCAGACAUCUGAUAAAGGAGCCGGUAAGGACAUAACAAGAAUUCUUACUUCAAAUUCCUUUAUAUUUGAUGUACAAAUGUAUUUAAAAAUGACAAAUUGUAAAUUGUUUAACUAUUCAAUUCAAGGAUUCAAAUGGCUGCCUCUCUUGUUCCUCAGACGAUAAAUGUAUAUACAGGUAUCUUGAUUACAGGCCUAAGAUACAUUGACAAGUUUCCCUUUAUUAUUUUUUCAUUUCUAUUGUAAACAGUUAGAAGUUGUAUAUAAUAUGUAAUGGGUAUCUUCUUUAAAUGGUUUUAAGUGAA